AAGAAAGAGAAAGAAAUAUUUUGCUCUGGGAUGCUCCCCGGAAAACACCUUAAUCAGGAAAGAGAACUCUACAGAAAAAUGUAAACGUGUUUGCAGAAACUACAUCGGACAUUUAUAGGUUCCUCCACAACUAAAGAUGCUGCAUAUAACAGGAAUGUUCAGAUCUAUAUGCUGUUCGACGUACAGUCAAAUUACUAGAAACUUUCCAAUACGCUUGUCAGGACUAUGUAGCAACUUCUUUCCAACAAACAGCUGUUCUGUACAAGGUAUGGCCACACUGAAUCAGAUGCAUCGAGCAGGUCGGCCCAAAUAUCCACCAAAGAAGCCCGGUCCCCUGGAUGGGAGGCCGACCCUUCGAGGGGUCGUCCUAAAAACUCUUAUAAAGAAACCCAAGAAACCGAACUCGGCAAAUCGGAAGUGUGUGCGUGUACGACUGAGCACAGGCAAAGAAGUGACAGCCUAUAUUCCCGGCGAAGGUCAUAACCUUCAGGAACACAGCAUCGUGUUAGUACGAGGUGGCAAUGUAAAAGAUUUGCCAGGAGUCAAGUUGAAGUGUGUGCGUGGGAAGUAUGAUUUGGCUCAUGUGAAAAAGGAUAAAAAGUGAUUUAGAUACAUUUUCAUAGGAGCGUAGCCUUCAUAUAGUACUAAAUUGUUUGCGAGUGUUUUGACUCUCAUAUGUAUAUGUACGACAUGCAUGUAUGUAUGCAAUUUAACUGGUUUAUUAUAAACAAUACUGUAACAUUAAUACAUCUUGCAUUAAGGGGCGUUCUUAUUAUGCAGUUUGUUGCACCAACUUGUCACAUACAAUUGAAUCGUACUGUGAGAACACCGGAAUUGUUAUGAUAUUAAUCUUAAACGACAAGUUAUGUCGGAGUCGUAACAAUCAGAACAUGUCCCGUUUCAUGACAAAUUGCAUGCGACAAAUCACAUACUGAGAACGCCGCUUUGAUGUUUACAGAUUAUGUUAAUGCAGCAUCAAAUCACUGGAAAAAUGAGAACCAAGUGGAUUACAAAUUUACUUUGUAAAAAGUUCACACAAUAUUUUGAUGGUAUAUUAUAAAUUAACAUAAAAUUCAUUAAAAAAAAUUAUAUAUA